GAGAAGUGAAGUCAGUCACCUGGUGGUGAAGGCCAGUAAAACAGCAAAGCAGGAGGAAAAUUUUUCUCUCCCUCUCUGGCUUUCUCUCUCUCCCUCUUUGCUCUCCUCUGUAGGAUCCACCUCCUAUUCUCUCAACUCUUUUUAGCAUAACCUUCAAAGGAGGUCCUUCCCUUUAGACUUUAUUAUCUUCUUUUCCCCAUUGAGAGAAUACCUCUUAGCUGCAAGACAUUUUUAAGUCUAUGCAGGACUUCGGGGAUUUGGUUAUCGUGCCAGGGAAAUUGAUCAUUGCUAAUGCUUGGGACUCAGUGUGCUAAAUUAGCUCCCAGAGUAAGCCUUACGGAGGAAGGCUUUUAUCGUAUACUCUUCUCUUCAGUUUGAACACAUUUGCUUGAAAUUUGCCGCAUGAUGCUGUCCAGGGAAGCAGCUUUUUUUCUUGGGAUGCAGCAAUUCGCUGGUUUCUAAGCUUAUUGCAGAAGAAGAAAUAAUCUUAAAUAGAGUGGAUCUUCCCCCCCCCCCCCACCCCCGUGCUUGAUUCCGCUGAGCUGUGUGGCACCGAGGUAAAGAUCACCUGUCACCAAAUCUUCCAGGAAGUAAAACAAACUGAAUUGUAAUUAUUAUUUAUUUAUUUUUAUUAUUUUUAACCGGUGGAGGCGGCGUGAUCACGGAGAAUGAGACUGAGAGAAGCUGCCAGGGCUUGGAGGAGGAUAAAGCUGAGUUUAGGCUGGAAACUAAAAGACUAGAUUGUUUUUUGGUUCAACUUGCCCGGUUUCUCUGCACUUCCUUUAGUUUCGCUCCAUGGACAGAUCAACAAACCUGGAUAUUGAGGAGCUAAAGAUGACUCGAGAACAAUACAUACUAGCAACACAACAAAACAACCUGCCAAGGGCUGAGAAUGCACAACUUUACCCAGUGGGGAUUUAUGGAUGGCGAAAGAGGUGCUUAUACUUCUUUGUCCUUCUGCUGUUGGUUACCAUGAUAGUUAACUUAGCCAUGACAAUAUGGAUAUUGAAAGUGAUGAAUUUCACCGUGGAUGGUAUGGGAAAUCUGAGAGUCACCAAGAAGGGAAUCCGACUUGAAGGUAUAUCUGAGUUUCUACUUCCAUUGUAUGUGAAAGAAAUUCAUUCCCGAAAGGAUAGUCCACUGGUCUUACAGUCUGACAGGAAUGUAACAGUGAAUGCGAGAAAUCACAUGGGGCAGUUAACUGGACAGCUGACAGUAGGAGCUGACGCUGUGGAAGCUCAGUGUAAGAGAUUUGAAGUGAGAGCGAGUGAAGAUGGCAGGGUGCUGUUCUCUGCAGAUGAAGAUGAGAUUACCAUUGGGGCUGAAAAGCUGAAAGUUACAGGCACCGAAGGAGCAGUAUUCGGGCACUCUGUUGAGACACCUCACGUCAGAGCAGAACCUUCCCAAGACCUCAGGGCAGUAAGAAGUACUCUUAGUCGACACCUAAUUCUAAUCAACAAGGUGAGAUUGGUUGGCCAGGUAAAUCAAAUGGUAAUUUGGGGAGUAAGUAGCCGUGUUGUCUUUAAUUUUGUUUUUGUCGAGAAUAAGAGACUUUAGAAAGAUACAUUUCAAAAAGUUUAUUAAAGAGUAUAGGGAAUGUUUUGGUGUGGACAUGAAGUAGAUUUCUAUAAUUUAUUUAUUCGACGAAUGUUUGAUGAGUGCUUAAUGUGUGCCAAAUUCUGUUCUAGUUUCCAUGUGCAUUUCAAACCUACACAUGUAGAUUUUCUAUGAUGUCUUACACAAAGUUAUAUUGUUUUUCACUAGGGACCUCUGUGUUAAAAAGGCUAAAACAAAGUAUAUUGAGUAGUCGAGACAUAAGCGUAUAUUUUCCCAGAAUAGCACAAAUAUGAAUAUUCUUCCUUUUUUAUUUCUUAAAUUAAUUUAGCUAAAUUAUCACAGUUCAAAAGAGUGUCUGCACUUUAUGGUGAGAAGUGAGGAAACCCGUUUUAUAUUGCCCAAAGAUUGUUUGGAUCUGAGUUUCAUUAACUGUUCCAAGAAAAGAAAACAAAACAAAACAAAACUAAUCUGGACUUGGGAUCAGUAAAAUGAAUUAAUAUGUAAUGAUGUAGCUGGAAUCUUUUCAUCAUGUUCAUUCUUGUGUGAAUAUAAUUUUAAACUGAAAUGUUAAGUUUUGCAGGCUCCAAACUGAUCUCCGAAAACACAUAGCUCUCAUAUACGUCAUUACUGUGUUCAAGGAAAAGCCACCAUGUAUAAGGUAGUAAGGAUUUUGCACUGAGAUGUUUUGUCAAUAAGAGGUUCUCCUCUCCUCCCCCUCUUCCCUCUCCCCUUUUCCUUUCUACUCUGUCUCUCUGUUUCUUUCUUCUUCCCUUUUACUAUUUCAUUCUAUGUAUGUAUAUAUUUAUUUAGAGUUGAUAGCAAAUGAUCAUUAUCAGAAGCUUGUAUUAGGGUGUAAUCUUGGAAACAUAGAGCAACAAUUGAUGUAAAAAUUUGUUUGAUCUAAUCUGAAGAAAGAGACCAUAACUGAAAGUGCAAGUAGGCAGAAAACAAACCAACCAAAAAAAAUAGAGGCCACGAAAACCAUGUGAUUUGCAGCUGAAGAAAACUCUCCACAGCUUGAAGUGAUACAACAGUAAAAUUGCUUGUAUAUUCAGGUCAAAGUUUACAUUGUGUUUUUCCCCCCUUAAACCAUUUUUCUGUUCAAUUUUCUAUUCAUUCCAUCAUUGAAAUAAAAAAUAAUUCACUAAAUGCCUGACACCGUGUUAAAUAUUUAUGAAGAACCAGAAACAUGAUGCUUAAGUUCUGCUUAAGUUUCUAUUUAGUAAUUGCAUCUCACAACUUACUUUUUAAAAGGAGUCUGAAUUCUGUUCUCAGAAUGUUGAAAGUUCUUCUAGAGACCUAGGCAUUUUUUUUUUCAAAUUGAGAAUUGUAUAAUACCAUAAAAACAAAAUCUGUUGCAUCUUUAGUAUGUAAACACAAUAAAAACAGCAUUUCUUGGGAAAAAAACAGGUGGUAGGGUGACUGAAUUUCAACAUUACUCCUUUUCUCUACAAGAAUCUCUUGGUACCCACUAUAAAAACUAGUCUGAAAUCCGUCACUAUGAUUGCUAUAAUGCUUUCAAAAUGAACACAAAUAGUACGUCACUAAUUCCAUGACUAAUCACAUAGGAAUUCACAAGCUUUGCAAAUAAACAUAAGUUUCAUUUUUCAACAGGCCCCUUUAGAGAAUGUUUUGUAAUAAAAUGAAUUAAAAUGAAACCUCUACUAUGUCGUAAACCCUCCUCAGGGGAGGAUUGACAAUUGCUAUAUAGGACAGAAGCAGGGCAUCAUUUAAUUGUUAAUGCUGUAUUGCCAAGAGUCUACUUACCAGAUUGUUCUCGAAGGGAAUACAGGUUUAGUCUAAUUUGAGUUCCAGAGUAUUCUGGAAUGUUUGAGUUCCAGACUUCUAUAGGACUUCUAUAGGAAUUCUAGGCUUAUUUGAGAAGGUCAUGGUAUCUAGAGAAAACCAAUAUAACCUAAGGCUUAGUGAAAUUUUAUCAAUUCUUUUUCUUUAUGAUUUUGGGGCUUUCCAUCUUGUUUCAAAGGUUGUCUUGUUUUGUAUUUGGGUAUUUCCAGUGUUUUCUUUUAAUUUUCUGUCACUUAGUUUUACACUGGGUAUUUCUUAGUUUUAUGUUGUGAAUAAAUACAGUGGGAAAUUAUGUUUUGAAUUUUCUUCUGAUUUGCUAUUGAAAAUUACAGCCUGUGAUUUACUACUUUUUGUAUUUAGAAUAGAUAGAACUGGAAAUUAUUCUUGCAGAGUGUGUUAAGGAUCUAAUGUUAUUGUCUUCAGUAUGGAUAGACAAUUUAGUAAGCAUCAUUGACUAAGUAACCUAGU